CUCACCCCCGCGGCCCUGAUCGCUCCCCAGUCCGGACUCCCCCAUGUAUGACGACUCCUACGUGCCCGGGUUUGAGGACUCGGAGGCGGGUUCAGCAGAUUCCUAUACUAGCCGACCUUCUUUGGACUCAUACCCCUCCCUGGAGGAGGACAGGGAGAGUGCCUGUCGAGAGGUGGAGAGCCAGGCUCAGCAGCAGCUGGAGAGAGCCAAGCACAAACCAGUGGCAUUUGCUGUGAGGACCAAUGUCAGUUACUGUGGGGUGCUGGAUGAGGAGUGCCCUGUCCAGGGCUCAGGCGUCAACUUUGAAGCCAGAGAUUUCCUGCAUAUCAAAGAGAAAUACAACAAUGACUGGUGGAUUGGGAGGCUAGUGAAGGAGGGUGGGGAUAUUGCCUUCAUCCCCAGCCCUCAGCAUCUGGAAACCAUACGUCUCAAGCAAGAACAGAAGGCGAGGAGAUCUGGGAACCCGUCUGGUGACAUCGGCAACCGCCGUUCCCCUCCCCCAUCUCUAGCCAAACAGAAGCAAAAGCAGGCAGAACAUGUGCCCCCAUAUGAUGUGGUACCCUCCAUGCGACCUGUGGUGCUUGUGGGGCCUUCCUUGAAAGGCUAUGAGGUCACAGACAUGAUGCAGAAGGCACUCUUCGACUUUCUCAAGCAUCGAUUUGAUGGCAGGAUCUCCAUUACUCGAGUCACAGCUGACCUCUCUCUGGCAAAGAGAUCGGUGCUCAACAACCCAGGCAAAAGAACUAUAAUUGAACGCUCUACAGCCCGAUCCAGCAUUGCUGAGGUGCAGAGUGAGAUCGAGCGGAUCUUCGAGUUGGCCAAGUCUCUGCAGCUGGUAGUGCUGGAUGCCGACACCAUCAACCACCCUGCCCAGCUGGCUAAGACCUCUCUGGCCCCCAUCAUCGUAUAUGUCAAAGUGUCCUCACCCAAGGUGCUUCAUCGUCUGAUCCGCUCCCGGGGAAAGUCACAGAUGAAACACGUGAAUGUUCAGAUGAUGGCAUAUGACAAGCUGGUACAGUGCCCACCAGAAUCUUUUGAUGUGAUCCUGGAUGAAAACCAGCUGGAAGAUGCCUGUGAGCACCUGGCUGAGUACUUGGAAGUGUACUGGAGAGCUACUCACUACCCAGCCCCAGGGCCCGGCCUGCUGGGCCCACCCAGUGCCAUCUCUGACCUUCAGAACCAGCAGCUGCUGGGGGAGCGAGGAGGAGAGUGCUCACCCCUGGAGCGGGACAGCCUGAUGCCUUCAGAUGAGGCCAGUGAGAGCUCACACCAAGCGUGGACUGGAUCUUCUCAGCGAAGUUCUCACCAUCUAGAGGACGAGUACACCGACGUCUAUCAAGAUCUGUACCAGCCACAUCGUCAACACACAUCAGGGCUACCCAGUGCCAAUGGACAGGACCCUCAAGACCGGCUCCUGGCCCGGAACUCGGAGCAUAAUUACAAUGAAAGGAACUGGCAACGCAACCGGCCUUGGCCUAAGGACAGCUACUGAACUCCUCCCUCGUGCCCUGCCCUGGUCCGUCCAAGGGAGCGGAGCAGGAAAUGGGGAAUAGCAGUGCACGAGCUUACCGGCAGGUUGGAGUUAAGCUAGCAUUAGGCUGGCACUAGGCUUAGCCCCCUAGGUCCCCUUGCCCAGCUCUGGACCCCAAUAUUCCAAGAGCUAUAGGUGGCCCUUUUACCUUCUGGGCUAGGGACCCCCAUGCUCUCCACUUUCCAAGUACUAGCUGUAUACAGUUUUAUACCCCUGGCACCUUUGUCUUCUCUCCCGCACAAGAAGCUGUCCUCACUGGGCAGCACCCUUAAGUCCAAGAUUCCUGUAGAAAUGGCCUUCCAUUUCUUCCAGACUCAGGAAAGGGAUGUCCCCCCAAAGGUGACUGGGAGAUGAGAAGGGGUCAUGGCAAGGGACAGUGCCAAGGUCCAGUAGAGUAAGGGUCCUAUUGCUCCAUCGGCCAAGGGAUUCAGACUUUGGGGUCCUUAUAGGACCCCUCUAGCCCUGAAAUCACACACAAGAAAUGAGACAAUCACCCCAUUUCCACACCUGAAUUUCGCUUCUAUUCAUCCAUUCAGUGGUCAAGGUGUGGAGGAUGGGAUAGGAGUGGAGAUGACAAGAGCAAUCACCAAACUAUGUUGGGGAGAGAGAAAGGGACCACUUGGAGAUCGUAGGGUGGAAUAAAGUCAAGAACAGGAGACAGGUGGGCGCUCACAUCUUCUAGGAUUCUUCUGACCUGAGUGUUUACCCUUCAAAACUGGGGUCUGAGGGGAAGGAGAAGCAAGGGUACAGAAGUCAAAAAGGAAUUAGUAGGGAAGUAGCAGCAUUGAGAAUAUUGAACACUCCUGGGGCCCCUCAUCUGCUCCUUUUUCCUUUAAUUCCUUCUCUAUCCUGUCAUGACCAAUGGGGGCCAUGGACCCCAAAUUUUUCUUCCUGCCUCAUAUACACAACUAUUUAAGUUACAGUUAGGCCAGAGGAGAGAAAAGGAGCAGAGGUGGGGAGUCUCUUCUGGCUUCUGGACAACCUAACUGCAUCCCUCCCAUAUGACUGUGUAGCUGAGCCCAAGCCCCACGUGGCCAUGACCUCCACCCCGCUGUCAUCACCAAUAAAUAUCAUGUACUGCCCCACUGCA